CCUAACAACAUUUGUUAUCGUGGCCUUACUUAAUCCCUUACUCUACUCUCUUCUCAAUGCAUCACCCUCCAUGGCUUCAACUUUGGAGAGUGGCCUUCUAGAUUGUUUGGAAGACAAUAGCGUGAUAAACUAUACCACAUUCACUUCAUCACCCCAAAUUUACUACAACCUCCUCAAUUUCUCCAUACAAAAUCUUCGAUUUGCCGAGCCGUCCACCCCGAUGCCCUAUGUUAUCGUUCUCCCUUCAAGCAACAUCCAAGUACAAAGUGUUGUGGUGUGCUCAAGGCGACAUGGGUGGCUUAUACGUACACGAUGCGGGGGCCACAGCUACGAGGGCUUCUCCUCAACUGGGGAUUCACCAUUUGUCAUCAUCGAUCUGAUGAGGCUGAACAAGGUGGACGUUGAUGUUGCCGAAGGAACAGCUUGGAUCGGGGGAGGAGCAACUUUAGGUGAGACUUACUAUCACAUAGCAAAGGCUAGUAAGGAUCGGUAUGGUUUCUCCGCCGGAUCUUGCCCCACAGUGGGAAGUGGGGGGCACAUUAGCGGAGGGGGAUUUGGGCUCCUAUCUAGGAAAUUUGGGCUUGCUGCUGAUAACAUAUUGGAUGCAUUAGUGGUCAAUGCCGACGGGCUCCUAUUGGAUAAGACCACAAUGGGCAAAGACAUGUUUUGGGCCAUUAGGGGUGGUGGUGGUGGGAGUUGGGGAAUAGUAGUCGCUUGGAAGCUUAGGUUAGCUGAUAUCAAUGGAAAAGUGACUGUGUUCCAAGCUAAGAGAGAGGGAAAUGAAACAGUAAUGAAUUUGGUUCGUGAAUGGCAAGUUGUGGCCCACAAUUUGCCUAAAGAGUUCUAUCUCUCGGCAACUUUAGCGGCUAAUUCGAGUCAUGUUAUUGGCGUUUCAUUCCUAGGAAUGUAUCUGGGAGGUGUUGAUGAUACAGUCAGGAUAAUGAGAGAUCAGUUCAGGAGCCUAGCCAUUAGAAAGUCCAUAUGUAAAGAGAUGCCAUGGAUUGAUUCUGUGCUUCGUUUCUCAGGCUUGCCAGAUGGGAGCACCAAAGAGGACUUGCUUAAUCGGUUCUUAGUGGGUAAAUCAUUUUUCAAGGCAAAAUCUGAUUAUGUGAAAGUACCAUUGAAUGCUAGUUCUCUAGAGGGUGCUAUUAAGUAUCUCGAGGAAGAGCCUUCCGGGACGAUCAUUCUUGAUCCUUAUGGUGGGAAAAUGGACGAGUUUGAGGAAGAUCAUAUAGCUUUUCCACACCGUAAAGGUAACCUAUAUGGCAUCCAGUAUAUAGUAAAUUGGCAAAGACAAGAGGAUGAUUACAAGUACAUGAAUUGGAUCAAACGUUUUUAUGAUUACAUGGAGCCCUAUGUGAGCAAGUCCCCAAGAGAGGCUUAUGUCAAUUACUUGGACAUGGACUUAGGAGCUGCUAGAAAUGGAACUGCAAGUGUGGAAACUGCAAGAAAAUGGGGAAAGAGGUAUUUCAAGAACAAUUUUGAUCGUCUGGUUACUGUAAAGAGCCAUGUUGACCCUCACAAUGUGUUUAGGAACCCACAGGGUAUUCCUGUCGACCCGAAACAAGUACGUUGAAUUUAAUGGAUCUCCUCGAGCCAUGUCAUCUUUGGGGCUUGGGUUAUGUUGUAAAUGAUUUGCUGUGGUUUCUUGUUGUGGUUUCAACUGAACCAUGUUUUUUGUGGUCUCAACUGAACUAUGAUGUGCUCUAAUGCUCUCUGUAACAAGCAGGCAAUAAGAAUAUCAUCCAUGUAAUAAAUUUGCCAUCAAUAAGAAAUGUGUACCCUAGACUCUUGUAUUGUC